AUUCGAUCUGCGCGGCCGCGCCGGCAGAGUGACGGCAGCUCCGAGACACGUGUUCUCUGGGCUCUGUCGCCUGUGAGGUGCGCCGCGCCGGCAUCCGUAACCCACGCGCGAGUCCUCAGUCCGGCACGGACACGCGCGCGGCCCCGCCAGCCUCGCCCGCCCGGUCACCAUGGCCCAGCUCCAGGCUCGGUUCUUCACCGGCAACCGCAAGUAUGUAGUAGAUGAUGUUCCAUUCUCUAUCCCAGCAGCCUCCGAAAUCACUGACCUCAGUAACAUCAUCAAUAAAUUGCUGGAAGCUAAACAUGAGGUCCACAAAUAUGUGGAGUUUGAUUUCCUUGUCAAGGGCCAGUUCUUGCGUAUGUCACUGGUCAAACACAUGGAAGUGGAAAACAUCUCAACAGAAGAAGUGGUGGAAAUAGAAUAUGUGGAAAAGUACACAGCACCUCAACCUGAGGAAUGUAUGUUCCAUGAUGACUGGAUCAGUUCUAUUGAAGCUACAGAAGAAUGGAUCUUGACUGGCUCUUAUGACCAGACUUCUCGCAUCUGGUCUAUAGACGGCAAAUCCAUCAUGACAAUUGCUGGGCACACAGAGGUGGUGAAAGAUGUGGCAUGGGUGAAAAAAGAUAGUUUGUCAUGCCUGCUACUCAGUGCUUCUCUGGAUCAGACUAUCCUCUUGUGGGAGUGGAAUGUAGAGAGAAACAAAGUGAAAGCCCUUCACUGCUGCAGAGGACAUGCUGGAAGUGUGGACUCUAUAGCAGUUGACUGCACAAGAACUAAAUUUUGCAGUGGAUCCUGGGAUAAGAUGUUAAAGAUAUGGUCUGCAGUGCCUACAGAUGAAGAGGAUGAAAUGGAGGAAGCUGCAAACAGACCAAGGAAGAAGCAGAAAAUAGAACAGCUUGGACUAACAAGGACUCCUGUUGCAACUUUUUCUGGCCAUACGGAAGCAGUCUCCUCUGUGCUCUGGUCAGAUGCUGAAGAAAUUUGUAGUGCAUCAUGGGACCACACAAUUAAAAUAUGGGAUGUUGAGACAGGAGGUCUCAAAUCAACUUUGACCGGAAACAAAGUGUUUAACUCUAUUUCCUACUCACAACUGUGUCGACGUCUAGCAUCUGGUAGCACUGACAGACACAUUAGAUUAUGGGAUCCCCGCACUAAAGAUGGUUCCUUGGUACUCCUCUCUUUGACCUCUCACACUGGCUGGGUGACAUCUGUGAAGUGGUCCCCCACACAUGAUCAACAGCUAAUCUCUGGUUCUCUAGACAAUGUUGUCAAGAUUUGGGACACACGGAGUUGCAAGGCUCCUCUCUAUGAUUUGGCUGCUCAUGAAGACAAGGUCUUGUGUGUGGAAUGGACAGAAGCAGGGCUGCUGUUGAGUGGAGGGGCAGACAACAAGCUUUAUUCCUAUAGAUAUUCAGCAACAACCUCUGAUGUUGGAGCAUGAAAACGGAUGCAAGAUUUUAGAAGUUACUUUCCAAUAGCCUUAAAGUGUUUGAAGCUUCUAGGUAACUUACAGUCCAGCAUCUGAAGAAAUCUGCCCACUGGAAACACUGCUUCUAUUUUUCUAGUGGAGAGCAGCCAUUUAUGGGUUUUGUAUUAUAGCAACAUAUAUGUGUAUUUAUAACAGACAGAACAGUCAAGCAGUCUUGUGCUUAUCUAGUCUGAUAUUGAAAUCCAACAUUUCUCCCCUUUUCUCUCAUAAGGACGAUAUAAAGAAUAGUAGAGUUUAUUAAAAGUAAAGUGUUACUGAGAUUCUAGACAAAUUAUUCACUGGACUAAAUUAUUUUGUAUUAAUUCACAUUCCCUUUUUAAAUAAAGGUUUUAACUAAAGUUGAGUAUAUUAUAAUCUGAGCUCAAUAAGUACGUGAGUUCCACAAAUCCCAUUUGCUCCAUUGGGGGCUGGAGGUGCUUCUUACCUAGAUUCAACUCUCACCCUGAACAAUGUCUGCUCUUGCUUCCACUGAAAUAAAUAUAAUUAUGAUAAGGUCCUUAAUAUGUUUGUGAUGCAAAUGUUGUCACCCUUGUAUUUUCAAGGUGCUUGCUCCUGAUUUUAUUGGAAAAAAAUGGAAUAUUCUGGUUCUUGACAUUUAUAAGUUAAGGCGGUGUAAAUGUACACUUUGAGAAAAGUACUGACUGGUAUUGCAGAAAAAAAAAUCAAUUCAUUAACAUAUUAUUUACUAUUACAUUAAUAGAAUAUCUGACUGUUAAGGAACCCCUUCUUGUGAAGUUUUACAGGGUCCUUAGUACAAACUGAAGCUCUAAGUACCAAUUGACAAAAAGACUGCAGACAAAGGAAUGUUUUAUUGGAUCUAUUUAUUGUGAGUGUCAUCUUAACUGGAUGCACCAAGGAGUUCUGUGUGUAUUUUUUUUCUUUUUGCCCUCAUCACAUGAAAUUAGUAAAUCAGCUUUAUCUAAAAUCUGUUGUCCUAUCAAUUAAUAAGGGUUCACCACAUGUCAGAGUUGCUUGAGAAUCUCAGUACUAGAACACGUUCUUCUGUAACUGAGCAAGUUAAGUGCUUAGAUCUUUGUUAGUAUAUUUUUCACAUCUACAAACAACAGUGCCCUGAUGCAAGUUUUCUUUACAAUUUAUUAGGCACUAUAUGUGUAUUUAGGUGUGAUGAGGAGGUGGCAUUUAAUGCAUAGCCAGCUUUAUUUUAGAACCCUAAUCAAUUCACCUGUUCUGUGGUGGGAGGAAAAUACUAAAAUUUCACAAGGCUUCAGUCUUCUAAAUAACUAGCUAAACAUCUGUGUGGGCUCACCUUCUCCCCUGCUGGUACUGUUUUAAUUACAAACUCAACUGGAAGUGUUCUGCCCCAUGAAAUGGUCUACAAGUAAUUUAGGAUAUCAGAGGAACUAAUCCUAUGAUAUGUCUAUACUAUAUCAUGAGCUAGUCCCUAAGGUGCCACAGGACUGCUUUGUUUUUAAAAUUACAAACUAACACGGCUACUCCUCUGAGAAUGCCUAGGUUUGUAGCUUACCCAGUCUUUUAAAAAGUAACCGAGGGAACUAUUCUAUUUUCUAAUUUAAAAAAAAAAUUGGAAUUUAAAAAGGGUCUGUGGUUUGAAUAUAUAGUGACAAUGACAUCCACACUUGUAUUCAGAUAUAAUAAGUAAUGUUCCAAAGGUUACAAUAUACAUUAAUGAUUAAGAAAAAAGUCGUAUGCACACAACCAUUUGAACUGUUAUUGUGGGGGUUUUUUAAUCAAAGAUACUGCUGCUUAAGUUUUCCACAGUACCAACCGAUAAAAAAAUGGAUACAUCAGUCAGGGAGUACAGUGAACCCUCGUUUAUCGCGGUAGAUAGGUUCCAAACCCAACCGCGAUAGCUGAAAAUCCGCGAAGUAGGCUUUGAAAGCCGC